AUGUGCAGUGGGUCGCCGUGCGCGUCGUGCAAGCUGCUGCGGCGGCGGUGCACCAAGGAUUGCAUCUUUGCGCCCUUCUUCCCGGCCGACGAACCCCACAAGUUCACCAUAGUCCACAAGGUCUUCGGCGCCAGCAUCGUCAACCCCGCCGAGUUUCUCCAGGAGCUGCUGGCGCGGCAGCAAGGCGACGCGGUGAGCAGCCUGGUGUAUGAGGCGAACGACCGGAUGCGGGACCCAGUCUACGGCUGCGUCGGGGCCAUCUCCUUCAUGCAGAACCAGGUGUCACAGCUACAGAUGCAGCUCGCCGUCGCACAGGGCGAGAUCCUCUGCAUCCAAAUGCAGCACCGCGAUGGCAAUGAGAACAAGAAGAAUGUGAGAGAGGAGGAAGAGAGAGAAGAUGGAAAAAAAGAGAGAAGGUGCUGA